AUGAUUGAACAUAAAGCUGUGAUUAAGAAUACUAAUAUGUCUACUAAAAUGCAAGAGGAUGCAAUAGAUGUAACAAGUGAUGCACUGGAUAAAUAUGAAUUGGAAAUGCAUAUAGCAGAAUAUGUCAAGAAAGAAUUUGAUAUAAAAUAUAAUCCUGUAUGGCACUGCAUAGUCGGACGAAAUUUUGGAAGGUUAGCUGUUAAAAAUUUUAAUUUUCGAUCUGACAAUAAUUAUUAUUGUAUGGUAUAA